AGUCUCAAUCUGGUCUUUCGUCCGAUCACACGCGAAAGCCGCUCAAUACUCUGUUUAAUAUUUAGCGCGAAAACGUUUGAAUUUUAAAUGAUUUGAAAGUAAUUUGGUUUAUUAAAUAUUAUUUUAUUUGGCAACAUAUGAAAUACAUAUAAUUCUUUGGUACAGUUUUGUUUGUGUUUGGAAAUUGUUUUUAAAUUUUGCAGUAUUUUGAUUUGCUUCCUACCUAUUGACACGAAUAUGAAUAAUAAGAGGAAAAUGAAAUAAUGAAUGCCAAAUCAAAUAUGUCCAGUGCUGAUCCUACAAAAGUAUGAAAAAUAAAAAGUUUCUCGAACGAAAUACUAACAUUGAAGGGAACCAAGCAUAUAAAUAUGUACAUAUAUAUAAUCAAACCGAAUGGUUUAUGAUAUCCAAUUAAAAGAAAACAAAAAAUAUGCAGAACGUGUGGAUUGCCAACGAUUCCCUGUAUCAUGAUAACAUAAGCGAUUUAAAUGAUAAUUUCCAAAAUGAUAAUGUUACUUUACCCCCCGAUCCCAUCGAGGAUAAAGCGAUUCAAGCUGCUUUUUGCACAGCGUAUACAAUUAUUUUUGUAGUUGGAAUCUUCGGUAAUGCUCUUGUUUGCUAUGCGGUAAUAAGGAACCGAGCGAUGCAAACUGUUACUAAUCUCUUCAUCACGAACCUUGCAUUAUCUGAUAUAUUACUAUGUGUGUUUGCAGUACCAUUUACACCGCUUUACACUUUCUUGGGACGUUGGGUAUUUGGAGGAUUGUUAUGCCAUAUCAUGCCUUAUGCGCAAGGUUGUAGUGUCUAUAUUUCUACUUUAACACUUACAUCUAUAGCAAUCGACAGAUUUUUUGUCAUAAUUUAUCCUUUUAAACCAAGAAUGAAGAUAAAAACUUGUAUCGGACUUAUCAUUUUUAUUUGGGUUUUCGCAUUAACGGUCACUUUUCCCUAUGGCUAUUAUAUGGCUCUUCAGGAUGUGUUCUGCGCUGAAAAAUGGCCCUCAGAUCAAAUAAGGAAGGCGUUUGGAGCUGUUACUACUAUUAUGCAAUUUGUUUUGCCAUUUAUUGUUAUGGCAUUUUGUUAUACUUGUGUCAGUAUAAAAUUAAAUGACCGAUUAAAAACACGGCCGGGUAGUAAGAAUAGUAAAAAAGAAGAUGCAGAAAGAGAAAGAAAGAGAAGAACGAAUAGAAUGCUUAUUGCGAUGGUAGCAAUCUUUGGUUUAUCAUGGCUGCCGCUUAAUUUAAUAAACAUAAGUAGUGAUUUUUAUUCCUUAGCUGAGGACUGGAGAUACUACAUGGUUUUGUUUUUCAUAGCACAUUUUAUAGCUAUGUCAUCAACUUGCUAUAACCCAUUUCUUUACGCUUGGCUAAAUGAAAAUUUCAGAAAGGAAUUUAAACAAAUUUUACCUUGUUUAGGAGCAAUUGUAGGCAAAAAAUCAAAAAGAAAUUAUAAUCAAUCAGAAAGAACGGGCAUGUUUCGUUCAGAAAAGACUUGCAAUGGAAAUGAAACUAUACAAGAAUCACUUCUUACUUCUACUGUGACUAAACCUUCAGUUAGGUAUAAAAUAGAAUUAAACGAGAAAUUAAAACCUUAUGAGGAUGAUGCCGAAAAUAUAAGCCCUGAUGAGAAACCCGAAGAAAAACCUAGUCCAACUGAAGACUACGUCAAAAUGUAUAUGUUCGUUGAUAAAUCCAUUGUAACUUCUGAUAAGGAGCCAAUAGUUUCUGCUCUGUGAUUUACGGUAAAAAUAGUUCUACUCGUUAAAACUUAAGCAGCACACAUACAAACUAGAUAUAAAUAUCCAAAAGUGUAAUUUUAGUGAAUAUAAAUGAAAUAAUUAUUAGUAAUUAGAAACAAAAAACAAUUACUUGAAUUUAAUGUAAUAUGAAAAUUAAAUUGUAUAUAAAUAAAGUUGUAAAUAUAAUGUAAGAUAAGUAAAAAUAUUAUAUACUAUAAGAAAAGCAUUCACAUCAAUUGUUCUUUGGAACUGUGAGCCCAUUGAUUAGUGCUUUUCUGCAAGGUAAUAUUGUGUUAUUGGAAUUAUUUUUAUAAUUAUGUGUAGUGAUAAUUAUUAAAUAUAUAUAUGUUUAACGCCUUGUCAAUGAAGAAAUGUUUGCAUUUCCUUGUCAGAAUGUUAUUAAAGUAUGCCAAAGAUUAAA